UGUGAUCGAACGAAAAAUGUGUACAAACAAGAUUGACAAAGGGAUCAAAGAAAAAAGACCCAAUAAAACUACUAAAAUACUCAAAGGCAUGGCUUUUAACAUGUUGAAACAUGCAUUUCUCUUCUUCCGCUACUACCUGGACGUAGCAUUAGACUUGGUAUUCUCAUUCGUCUGGGAUGGAGAGCGCCAGGCCAUUCCUGACCUGGAUGCAAGGCAUGCCAUGCUGGCUGAGAGUGCUGUGGAGCUGGCUAAGAGGAUCAGGAAUAGGGCGUUGAAGUCUGAAGAGUUGGUGCGGGCUUGUGUGGAGAGGAUACAAGCUGUAAAUCCAGUAUUGAAUGCAGUAGUAGACCAGAGGUUCGACGAAGCAUUGAAAGAGGCGCGUGAAAUAGACAAGCAGAUAGAAAAUGGCCUCCCAGAUCAGUAUUUUGAACAGAAACCCUUCCUAGGCGUCCCAUUCACGGCCAAAGAGAGUCAUGCCGUAGCCGGCCUUCUCCACCCACUGGGCAUCUCACACCGAGCCAACGUGCGGGCCACAGAGGACGCGGAGUGCGUCCGCCUGUUAAAGGCCGCCGGCGCAAUCGCUGUAGCCGUCACUAAUGUGCCCGAGAUUAACAAGUGGCAAGAAACCCGCAAUAUGGUGUUCGGUCAGACCCGCAACCCGUACCACACGGGCCGCACCGUCGGCGGCUCCAGCGGCGGAGAAGCCGCCCUGCACGCCGCGCUCGCUACGCCCAUCUCCCUAUGCUCUGAUAUCGGCGGUUCGACACGAAUGCCUGCCUUCUACUGCGGGCUGUUCGCGCUCAACCCCACAGCUGGUUACACCAGUCUUAAAGGCUCUGCGUUGCGUACGGGACUGGACCCCACGAUGGCUUCCAUCGGCUUCAUGAGCAAGCACGUCGAGGACCUCGCCCCGCUCACUAAAGUAGUCGCCGCAGACAAGGCCAAGGAGCUUGGCUUGGACAGAGAAGUAGACUUGAAGAACGUGAAGGUGUACUACGUGGAGACGGCGCAGGACCUGCGCGUGAGCCCCAUCAGCGCCGAGCUCCGGCAGGCCAUGAAUCAAGUAGUAGCGAAGCUGUCGGACGUGUCCCGCCUGACUGCGUGUGCGCCGCAGCCCUACUACCACCGCGGGUUCGACCACAUGUUCGCAUUAUGGAAGCACGCCAUGACGAAGGAAACUGAGAAUUUUCCGCGCAUGCUCACUAAUAACAAAGGUGAAGCUCACGGACUCACUGAGUUGGGGAAAAAGCUAAUCGGGACGUCUCCAUACACGUUGGCAGCCAUCUUGAAGUUGUUGGACGAACAAGUCCUGCCACCGGUUAAUGCUGAGUGGGCUGACGCUCUCACUGCCAAAAUGGUUGAAGAUCUAACGACGGUGUUGGGCGACUCCGGUGUGCUUCUGUUCCCGUCAGCGCCGAUGGUGGCGCCCUAUCACUACUCGCUGCUGCUCCGGCCCUUCAACUUCGCGUACUGGGGCGUGCUCAACGCCAUCAAGUUCCCCGCUGUUCAGGUGCCCCUCGGGCUGAACGCUCAUGGCGUCCCCCUCGGCGUGCAGGUGGUGGCGGCGCCGCGGCGCGAGGCGCUGUGCCUGGCGGCGGCGCGGCUGCUGCGGGAGCGGCUCCCCCACGCCGGGUACGGGUACAAACCGCCCUGCAGGGUUACGCACUAAAAAUAUUCUCUAAAUCAUAAUAAAUUAGCUUUAAAGAGUCCCCGCCGAGCUCGGUUCUCCAUACAAACGUAGUUACGCUCUCAUUUUAUUACUCUGAAACUUUGUACUUACAAUGGGAUAAGGUAUAUCUAGAUCUGAUUAGUUUAUGUAUCUCAAAGCAACGAUUGAAAAUCUAUUUUUAAUACAGUUGCUCAAAAAGUGCUACUUUUCGUGGCUGUUUAGCGUGCGGAAAGUUGGUUUUCGCGAACUAGUGCUUUUUACUUUUCCAAUUUUUUUAAAUUUUUACUUGUUCCAAUUCAUGACUACUUAUUGAUGUGUGUUAAUAUUAGUUUCAUUUAAACGUCGAAAUCAACAUAAAAACCUAUUGUUAAUGUAAGAAUACGAAAAAUAUGCAUAUUUCAUAUUUUAUUACUUACCUCUUCAUCAUUAUAAGUAUUAUAACACGUUUAUUUUUUAAUGUUGAAACACCGUUCUUAAUAAGUUGUCUGAACGGAACGGAACGCCUGCCAAAGAAGUGGCGUAUUUUCUUACUGCAAGAAUGUUUUAAGUUUCCAAAGGCAACAUUAUUGUUUUUAUAAAUAUACGAUACGCAAAUAGUCAUAAAUAACGAUAUUUAGGUAAUAAUAGUACAAUGUUUUAAUAUUUACUAUUGUUUCUGUCUUAUAGAACAUGCAUUGAAAAAAAAACUUUCAUUGAAGUGGGUUCAAUAAU